AUGUCCGAACAAACAGCUCCACAACAAAUCGAGGGCACGGAAAUCCCAAAUCCCCACCCGGAAACAGUCAAUGGCAUCUCCGCUCCCGAUGCGACCGACAUUUCCAUGACCGAUGCCCCUUCCCCGGCAGUACCCCAACCACACCAACACGACACACCCACAACCACACCGGCACCAGCAUCCGCAACAGCGCGCAUUCCAACCCCCAUCCCCACACCCAACCAGCCACCCCAACAGCAACAGCACCAGAACCAGAACCAGAACCAACCCACCUCACGCGCCGCUUCGCAGCACCCAGCCGACACAACAACCCCCGCCGGAACCACAACAACAACAGCAACAGCGACAGGGUUCGCGAUGCCGACAGAAGCGGCGGCGCACGGCGCGCCGGUGCGGCAGUACCUCAACAGCAAGGUCACGGGGGUGCUGCUGGAGGGGAUGAAGAUCGUGGCGAGGGAGCAGUGA